GCUGCAGCCGGUAAUACUUUCAUAUUACCUUAAACCAAACAAAUCUACUCUUUCCAUCUCCUUUUGGUGUCCUAACAUGUAUCCAAUCGCUGAAACAGGUACAUUUUGUUACAUCGACCCCGAGUACCAGCAAACGGGAAUGCUUGGAGUGAAGUCUGACUUGUACUCAUUUGGUGUGGUGCUUCUGCAAAUCAUCACAGCGAUGCCAGCAAUGGGUUUAAGCCAUAGAGUAGAGAAAGCAAUUGAGAAGAAGAGACUCAGAGAAGUUUUGGAUCCAAAAAUAUCAGACUGGCCUGAAGAAGAGACUCUGGUUCUAGCUCAGUUGGCUCUGCAGUGCUGCGAGCUGCGGAAAAAGGACAGACCUGAUCUUGCUUCCGUUUUGCUGCCCGCACUGAGCAAACUACGGGAGUUUGCAACAGAGGAUCAUGAAGUAUGUAACUCCAACAGAAUAUUUUCUGUGUCACGUGCUCACAAUUCGGUUCCUCUUUCCCCAAUAUCUUCCUCUCAGGUUGGUUUAUUAGAACCUGCAAUAACAGAUUAAUCUUCAUCUCGAAAAGGAAUACAAUUUCAACUUCUUUGAUUCCUGAGUCUCUAUUUCAAUCAUGCAGAUAGAGGAUGCAUUGAGAACUUCCUAUUGACAAAAACAUUGGAACUUCGACGUAGAACAAAGUCAAGCAACAUUGGCUAUCUCUGAGAUCUGCGAUGAACUUGUUCAGUUUAAGCAUCCGAUGCCCUCCCAUACUUAUUAGACGAAGGCGAUUUACAUUAUCAUAAACAAGCCAAUGCGAUGGAAUUUGCUGUCAGUCUUUCCUGAUUUGUACUCCACCCAAAGUUCAAUGUUGAUCUCCCAUACUGUCGAAGUUCCUAUUUUGUAUAUCAAACACUUUAUUUUUUGGUCUCUUGAAAAAAACACCUUUCUUAUAGAAGAGUUGUCUCGCCCUUGCAAGUUCAACUCACCUUUGCGCAAGAGCAUUCCAU